CUAACCCGGCCCGGCGGCGGGGUCUGCGGGGCCGGGACAGCAGGGCGCGUGCGCACGCCGCGGGCCGCGCGCCGGAAGUGCGCCGUCCUCCCGCGCCCGCUCGGAGGAAGCGCUCGGGGCGCGCGGGGCGGAGGCGGGGGUGGUGGCGCCCGCGGUCGCCAUGGCCACCGAGCCCGCGGCCGCGGAGCCCGCCGUGCCGUCGCUCGUGGAUCGUUACUUCACUCGCUGGUACAAAGCCGAUGUCAAAGGCAAACCCUGUGAGGACCACUGUAUACUACAGCACUCCAACCGAAUAUGUGUCAUCACAUUAGCAGAAUCUCAUCCAGUUCUUCAAAGUGGGAAAACAAUCAAAAGCAUCUCCUAUCAAAUCAGUACUAACUGUAGCCGACUCCAGAACAAGGUCUCUGGGAAAUUUAAGCGGGGGGCACAGUUUCUAACAGAGCUUGCACCUCUGUGUAAGAUUUACUGCUCAGAUGGAGAAGAAUACACCAUAUCUAGCUGUGUUAGAGGACGGUUGAUGGAAGUGAAUGAGAACAUUCUCCAUAAGCCAUCUAUUCUUCAAGAGAAGCCAUCCACCGAAGGCUACAUUGCGGUUGUAUUGCCCAAAUUUGAAGAAAGUAAAAGCAUAACAGAAGGGUUACUGACACAGAAACAGUAUGAAGAAGUCGUGGUGAAGCGCAUUAAUGCCACAACGGCUCCAUCAUGAGGAUUGUAAUGGGAUAAUGAACAACGUGCUGUGCUUAUCCCUCCCUGGCCUGUGGCCUGAGCGAUCCAAGCACUAAAGAACCACCUACACAUGUGAAGUGCUUCACCCCAAGCCAUCCGCAGAGAAGCCUGACCUUAAAACUUAACCUAGUUUUCCCCCUUUAUCUUUUAUAACGAGUCUUGGUUCUUGUUUUGUCCUCAGCCUCCCAGAUCUGCCCUGUCUAUGUACUCACUCUGUUCUUGUGCUUUUCUAACAACUGGCAAGGAGAGGAUGUUUUUCUGAUUAAAAAUAAAGCAUUUUGAGAAAAAUUUGGAUAAAACAGAUAAGUGUUAAAUAGCAAAGUAAAAAUAAUUUAACCAUCAUCCUAUAACCCAUUGGUAAAUACUACAUUUUGAUAUGCUUCGGUUUGAAUGUUACGGCAUGGUUAUUGUUUUUGCCUUGAUUUUCCUUCAGUUUGAAGUUGGGAAAAAAAAAAAAUCAGGCCUUUUUUGCCCAUUUGGCUUCUGAAUGACACUACAGAAGAGGCUAGAACAGCCUCUUCAGCCCUAGCUCUUCUCCCUUUAGAUUGUAGGGGAGGGGCAGAGCAUAGAGUAUACCUCCUCCACUCCUUAUACGGUCCGUAGCUCGGAUGGCCUUCUCUGAAACAAAGUCGAGUGUAACACUGGCUUCUUAAAUAAGGGACAUAGGAAAAGGCUUUGAAAACUACAAAGGGCUUUCCCAACAUGGAAGUAUUCUAAUGCAGUGUAAAGCUGCUUAUCACAGUACGUACAGUGUAGUUGCUCAGUCACACACUCUAGCUGUGGUGUAGCCAGCCAAGAAGUCAUUGAGAAGUUGCUGUAAUCCAAAGACAUAGAUGCCUUUGAACAGAACAAAAACUUUUACAUCAUCUAAACUAAAAACAGAACUGAUAUGCUUUAAGAUUGUCUACUUACUUACACUGAAUUUCAAAUAAAAGGACUUUUUAAAUUGUUAUUUUUUUCUUAAAGGCUGUAGCAAAUGUACAUUUAAAUAUCUCUGUAAAUAAAACAAGAUGUAAUUUAAUACAGAAGAAAUCCCUUUACUUGUAAAUUCCUUUGGUUCUCUAUCCCCUUAGCCUGUUGAAGUCGUAAGUCACCCCUUCCUCACCCUCCAUUGCACUUAAAUAAGAGAAUAUUCUCAUUUCAGGUAUAUAAAAGUAUUUUGUAAAUCUAGAAGUUAUUUUUGAUUCACAAGAAAAACUUCUUGUAACUUGAGUGGCAGCAUGACUGUCCUUUAAAUAUACCCACCAGACAAAUAUAGGUAGUAAAUGUACAGACAUCUACACUGAUGGUGCUAAGAGCUGGAAACAGAAGCACAAACCAGCUGAUCCCCAUUUUGAGUAGCAUAAUGAUUCCUGAAGACAUCAAAAAGAUACUAAAGAUAGUAAAAGAUGUAUUUUUGCAUGUAACAUUACCUCACAUUGUUCUCCCAUUAUUUCUAUUUCUAUUGUAAUUUUAAAGAAUAUUUUGGUCUCAGAGAAUAAAAAUCAUGCUUGAUAAUUUUUAUAAAAGAA